UGGUUUUCGAGGGGAGUAAUUGCUGCAAUUGAGAUAGUUUUUAUUCUUUCCAACUAUAUACUUCUCACUCAUGUUGCUUCUGUGUACUGAGCUAGUUCUUUGAUACAGGUACACUUCCCUGUUGUUAGGUGCUAUUUCAGUAGGUGAAUCGAAUAAGAUACGAGUCUCAGUUUCUUUAUUUUUCUGAACUUGGUUGUGGAUAACAUGUGAAUUUACUCUUUUGCAAUCCACAAAUCAAGUUUUGUCUCCAUUUCUAUUUUAGUCUGGACUUGUGACUGGACUAAGUUCCUAGAAUAUCUGUUAUUGUAAUUGAAUCAAGUGUUGUCUCAGCAUAUUCCUGUAUGAUAUGCAUAGUUAUCUUUUCACCGUAGGAAUGUAUUUGAACAUUUCUAAAGCAUUGGAACAGUAGAUCCUGAUGAAAGAGACUGCAGAAGCUAUACCUUUAGUUAAAGGUUCAGUAACAUUCAGGAUCUAGAAGGGAUUUGUUGGAUCUCCAUAUGAACCAAAGCCCUUAAGCAUUAUAUGUUCACAAAAUCAUCCUCUUCUGCCUGCACCUUGGUGACAAACUUGUGAGUCAAUAGACACUCUACAACUGCAAGACUGGAAAUUAAUUGGAUUAUUCAAUCAGGAGCUUCAAUCGUGGAUUCCAUAAACAAUGCAACCUUGUUGAGUUUUUAGACUAUCCCUGUCGAUUUUGCCCCCAUGCCAACCAUCACUCCGGCAAUGGAUAUCGAGUGGGAAUGGGAGAUCGUGGAUACGGAUGACAUUGGCAAAUGGGAUCUUCAAGCUGAGAUUGAAGCUCACCACAGCAUCCUGUCAUCCCUCAACCAGAGUGGCGUGAAAGCAGUCCAGGAUGCAGACAGUCCAGAUGAGUCUCACACACUCCAGAAGAAACUAGACACUGUCAACCACAGGUGGACUAACAUACAUGAUAGAUCGGCUGAAAUCAGGAAACGUCUUGAAGCCAAUGCAGAGGAGUGGAACAACCUUGUUAGAGCAACAGAGGAGUUGGUGAGGUGGAUACGACUAAAGGAGGACGAUCUGAUCAAGAGGCAGCCAGUAGGAGGGGAUUAUAAUUCCAUUCAACAGCAGAUCUCGGAUCACAAGGUUUACAGGCAGCAGUUAGAAGAGAAACAAUCAGCUGUUGAACGUAACUUACAAAUGGGUAGCCUUUAUCUUGCCGAACAGAGAGAUUUGGAUUUGUUAUCAGAGAAGGAGUUAACAGGUCCAGAGGCUGAGGCUCAUAACAUUGUUCAUAAACUCAAGGACAGCGUUACUGAUCUUCAGGAUAGCUGGAACAAACUCAAUAUCAAGUCAGAAAAUUGGCAACACAAAUUAGACGAGAUGUCAACGAAAAUGUUAGCCUUACACCAAGCCAUGGACAAGCUGAGUUCUCGUCUGCAUGAAGCUGAAGCAACAAGAUCAAGAUGGCUACCCGUCGGUGAUCUUAUCAUUGAUAGUCUACCUCAGCAUCUAGCUGAACUAAGGAGCUUCCAGGAUUACUACAGCCCGAUCCACGAUGACCUGGAGAAGGUCACUCAGAUGGCAGGUCACUUUCCCGCCCAGCAAGUCAGCCUUAGUACGGUCAACCAGGGACGGCUUGAAGACAUCGUCCGCAGGUGGAAGACCCUACAGUUGGCCAUCGACGAGAGGGCGAGGCUGCUCAACGAGGCUCUGAGGGAUUUUGGUCCACAGUCCCAGCAUUUCCUUAGAGCUUCUGUGCAGCAUCCCUGGGAGAGGGCAGUAGCAGCUAAUAAGGUGCCAUAUUUCAUCAACCAUGGAACGGAGACUACACACUGGGACCAUCCCCGUAUGACAGAGCUCUUUCACUCUCUGUCUGACCUCAAUGCUGUCAAGUUCUCAGCUUACAGGACAGGAAUGAAGCUACGCAGGCUACAAAAAUCACUUUGCUUAUACCUACUAAACCUGGCCAGUGCUGAAUCCAUCUUCACCCAACAUGAGCUUGUAUCCGGUAAUGACCGCACGUUGGAUGUGACAGAGAUCAUCACGUGCUUAGCGACGGUCUAUGAGAACCUUGCCAUGGAUCAUCCUGGUAUGGUUAAUGUACCUCAGUGUGUUGACAUGUGCCUCAACUGGCUGCUUAAUGUCUAUGAUACGGUGAGGAGUGGUAGGAUACGGGUAUUAGCCUUCAAGGUUGGUAUUGUCAUGCUCUGCAAUGCUCAUCUGGAAGACAAGUACCGCUUCAUCUGUCGUUUUGUUGCUGAUAAGAACGGGAUGAUUGACCAGAGAGGUCUAGGUCUUCUCCUACAUGACUGUGUGCAGAUCCCGAGGCAGCUUGGUGAGGUGGCAUCGUUUGGUGGUAGCAACAUUGAACCCAGCGUCAGGAGCUGCUUUAACAUGACUGGCAGCAAACCUCUUAUUGAACCAGCCCAGUUCCUAGCCUGGAUGAAGUUAGAGCCCCAGUCCAUGGUCUGGAUGCCUGUCUUACAUCGAGUGGCUGCAUCAGAGACAGCCAAGCACCAAGCCAAGUGUAACAUAUGCAAAGAGUGUCCCAUCGUGGGUCUCAGGUAUCGCUGCCUCAAAUGCUUCAACUUUGACCUCUGUCAGAGCUGCUUCUUCUCUGGUAGGAAAGCAAAGACACAUAAGCUUUCACAUCCAAUGCAAGAGUACUGCACAACAACGACGUCGGGAGAAGAUGUGCGAGACUUUGCCAAAGUGGUGCGUAACAAGUUCAAAUCGAAGCGGUACUACCGAAAACACCCUCGUGUAGGUUACCUACCUGUCCAGUCAGUACUAGAGGGUGACGAUUUAGAAUCACCCAUCACUACUCCCCAACACAUGGCUAACCAAGACACGCAUACACGGCUAGAGCUGUAUGCUAACAGGUUAGCAGAGGUUGAAAGCCAAGGAACAUUAAACUCUGUACCUACUGACCUUGAGGAUGAGCAUCAGUUGAUAGCUCACUACUGUCAUAGCCUUGGUGGAGAUGUAUCAACAGUGCCUAAUAGCCCAGCUCAGAUUGUGGUAUCCAUAGAUGCUGAACACAGACCUGACCUUGAAUCACAAAUUAAUGAGCUGGAAGAUGAAAACAGAACGUUAUUAUCAGAGCUUGAAACGCUGAAAACUCUGCGAUCAGAAGAUGUGAAGAGGGCAGCAGAGUUAGCAGCAUCGUCUGGUGAUGAGAGGACAUCAGGGAGGUCGCCAGGGAGAGAUGCAGAGCUGGUAGCCGAGGCCAAGUUACUACGGCAACACAAAGGAAGGCUGGAAGCAAGGAUGCAAAUAUUGGAGGACCAUAAUAGACAGCUUGAAGCUCAGCUCCAAAGGUUGAGACAAUUAUUAGAACAGCCACAAGAUAAGAGUGCAUCCCAAGUAUCCUCCUCCAAGACCACCCCAGCAGUCUCUCCAACAUCUUCCAUUAGCUCUGCCUCCAAAGCAAAGAGAAUACAGCAAUCCAUUGCCAUAGAAACAAGAACAAAUGGAGGUACCAGUGACUACGAUAGUGAUAUGGCAGGUGAAGAGCAUAACAACCAUCCGUCUCCCCACACCCCACCCCACCUGAAAGAUGACCACCACCACCACCAUCAUCUCCACCAGGGGGGCGGGGCAGCUAACGGUGUACAAGCCAAGGGAAAGGUCGACCUAGACAAGGUUAUUCAAGAACUCAACAACUUUCCUGACGGAGCCAAGAAUGGAAAUGUUGGUCAGAACAGUGUGGGUAGUCUUCUUCACAUGGCAGAUAACAUUGGCAAGGCGGUCGGUACCCUCGUCACCGUUAUGACCGAUGAGGAACAGAGCGACAAGGACGGCGAAGCAUAGCCAAUCACAAGCCUCCGUGCAUUCAAAUCAUAACAAAUUCAGCCAAUGAGGGGUCUUCCAUGAUGAACAUUUAUUUGCAUAAUCCUUCUAUAGAGACAUUAUAACGUGCAUUGCCAGAGAGAGAGAGAAAUGUGUAUUUUUCACUCUCUCUCUCUACUAGUGUUGCCAAUUUUGAUGAGUCUGUACAAAGCGUACAGAUUUUUUUCAUCAGUAUUCCAUUAUUCUUCAUGAUUAUGUGGAUAUGUAUCCAAACUUUUUUGUGUAUGUGUUUAAAUCACAAGAACACCUCGACUUGAGUCUGAAGAUUUUGCUAGGCUGUUGAUUGUAGUUUAUUAUUUUAUUGCAACAUUUAACAAAACGAUGCUGUUAUUUAUAGAUAAAAUUAUACUAAGAGUCUUGAUGAAUUAUUGGUAGAGUUAUAAACUAAGUUUCCCAGCUCUUGGUUGAAUCUAUGCAUGCUGCAGAUUUUGUAUUUUGUGUUUCGUCAUGCUUGGUCGGUUGUGUUACGUUCAAGAUAAUCUGUUUGAUUUGUUGAGUCUCUGUUAUUUUGAGGUAGUUACUUGUAGACGGUUUGUAGGACCAAAUAUAACGAAACAUUGCAGGGAAUCUGGGACUCAAUUUGAAAUGCUUUUGUGUAGGAGUUAAGCUGGUGCUAUCAUUAAGUAAUUGAUAAUCUGUGUGCAUUAAAACAAAGUGAGUCAUUGUGUUGCUACACACAUGCUUUUACCUUUUGGUAAUUAGAUACAGAAGCUUCUAGAAAAGUUCUAAACCUUGUUAUUAGCAUCAAUAAUUAUGAAAAGCAAAAACUGGAUGUAAAGAUUGCUUGAGAGAAACAAGAAAUUGUGGACUGUGUGCAAGGAGGCAGCUACUGCCAUUGACUGACAAUACAAAGCUCUUAAUGCUUCCUUACUGGCAUCCUACCGGCGGGCAGCCAGCGGACUCAAUAAGUCAGGUGGUCGCUAAACCAAGUUUCACUCUACCAUUUAUUUAAAACGACUUUGGAAUUAUGCUAACCAAAGUAUUGAAGCUAUUUGUACUGUUGUUUCAUUUCAUUAUUAAGUUGUGGAAUGAUUUUCUGAAGGGACUGUAUUGUGGGAAAAUUAAUAAGAGCGGUGAUAAUGAUUUUUCUCCAAAAGACUGGCACUUGUAAAGUUACAAUCCAUGAAUUUCAUGGAUUCCAAUAGUGAAAACACUGCAGAAAUGCUUGUGGGUAUUAUUACAAAAUGCUUCCUACUGCUUUAGUUUGUCUCUAAGUUCUCUUGUUUAACUAUGUUCUUGUCUUCAUCUGUAGAUUAUACAUCAUGAUAUUAUAUUAUUCAGGAUUAUUUGAUAUCUUCCUUUAUCCUAGGUUUGUAUUAUAUUUCAUUUUUUCUUUUUUGUUGCUGAUUGUGGUUUUUAUGAUUUUAUGCCUUUAUUAUCUGCUCUAAAAUCAAUCAAAUCCAGUCAAAUCAAUUUUUUCUAUUAAGAAAAAUGUAAAAAAAAAAUAUUUUGCUUUAUUUUUGAUGAUUUCUUUCCAUGGUGAUUUACAGGUAUAUUGUAAUCAAAUUGACAACUUUAUUGAUUAAUCAUGAAAUAAAGCUAUUUGAUUUUUAUGAGAUAACAUUUCUUUAAAGGCAAAUUUGCUUUUCCUACUUCACAAAUGUAUCUGCUCUGUCGAGGGAAAGAGCAUGUCUUCAUAUUAUUUUGCAUGCACAAGAUGUGCAAGACUAGAUAGAAAAAAGUCAUAAAAUUUCAGCACAAGAUUCUUUGGCGUUAAAAAAUUAUCCCGGCCUCCCCCCCUCGGGCUAGAUAGGGUUAAUGGGAAAUGGUCUAAAUUCUAGCGAUUUCAGACUACUCAGUUUCCAGUGGUAUUUAGGGUAUGUGUGCUGAUUUUUUGACUGUCUGUGUAAUCCCAAAAUGUGUGCUUUUUGACAGAUAAGAAACUGUUCUAUUUUCAUCAACAUUAUUUCUUUCUUUUUAAACUGUUCCUAACUUCAUUCAUGAUCUGUGAAAAGAUUCUUGUUUUGUUAAAAUUAACUACCUUUCCACUUCGCCUGAAAUGAUACAAAGUAUUGUUGACUUAAAACCUACAUUGAGCAUAAAAGUACCUUCAAGUGUUACUUAAAUCAUUUGAUCUGGUUAUCAAUCCAAUUAUUUUCCUGAAAUUUCCUCUUUUUGUAACGACUUUCAGUUAUUAGACAUAUUUAGAAGUGCAGUGAAAACAUUCAUUGUUUGGUAAUCAUUAGGGUGAAAAGACAACAUACUUUUAAUACAGUUUGGAUAGUCUUUUUGAGUUUCAGAUUAUUGAUUCCAGUAUUGAAAGGAUUUCAUGAUUUUAUUGUUUUGGCACCUGUCAUUUAAAGUGCACUUCCAAUUGCUACUUAAUUAAGGUUUAGGUCAUGUAAGAGAUAUAUUACAACUAACACUGCUCUGUACAACAAUACAUAUGAAAUCAUGCAGUAUUUUGAAAUGCAAGAAAAUCUGGUGACCAUAUACAGAAAUUUAACCGUGUAAAGAAAAAAUGGUUGUGAUUGUGCUUAUAAGGUUCACUUAGGUGUAAAUUUUGUAAUGAACUAAUACGGAUGUAUUCAUUUUUUUCUUUUAUUCAGUGAUCUGAUAUAAGAUUCAAAAAUUGUGUAUUGAGGUGCCAAAAUUAAUGUUUAGGGUAUACAAUGAAUCUUAAUAAAUGGAAUAAUAAAUGACAUAUUAGAUAGAAGUCCAAUCAAUAUUUCCUUGGCAAUUUGGCGGAGGGUUUUAUGUGUUGGGUUGUGCUGCCAUCGUUUUGGUUUCCACUUUUCAUUCAUUGAUGAAUGGGUAAUUAGUUUUUAGCGAGGGUAGUAAAUGAUGAGUUAUUAAUGAAUAUCAAAUCCGAUUGUUAUGACUUAUUUUCUACAAAUAUUGGUAUGUAAUAUGCUUAAAGAUGUUGCUUUGAUAAAAAAAUGCCAUAUCUUUAAAAACUGUCUUUAUUCAACUUGAUUUUUUUCUUCUCACUUUCAAUGAAUCAACAUUGCUUAAAAAUGAUUAAAAGUGCUUGAUUUCAUUGUAAAUAGUCAUUGAUUACUUACUAGUGAUUACGAGAAUGCUUGUGACAAAUCAUGAAAACCAUAAGUAUUUAUCAUUUUUUAUUUAUCGUGAAGUCACAUUUUGUACUAGAUUUCAUCAUUUUGUGCGAUGUAGAAGCGUAACUUCUUGUGGUAUGAUUAAUUUAUCUCAAUCACCUUCGUUUGUACUCGUGUUUCUAAUCCAUUCUGAUUUCGAAAUCAAUUGAAGGUAUGAAUGAACAAAGAUAGAGAUAUUAAAUGACAGGAUGAAAUGUUUUAUGGAGCAUUUAUCGUAUUAUAGUAAGGACUAAAUCAUGAAUUGGCUGUGUAAAUUACAUCCUUUCGUAUAUUUUGCAACCCCAUUUUUAUAUAAAUACCAAGAUAUUCACGGUUUGAAUUCUCUUUUAUGUGAGUGUGUUAUGGUAUGUAUUUCAGUGGUGGAUGUAGUUUUCACUGUAUUUUAUCUUCACCAUUGCUCGAAUUACUAUUUUUCAUUGUAUCAAGUCAUUGUGGUCGUACAUGAUUAUACUAUUAAAUUAAUCAUUAUGCAAUACCAAAA